CCCUCGUCUUAGUGCCCGUGACGUGCAACAUCUGAUCGCAGAAACUGCCAACAACAACUUUGGUAGAGGCAAUCUCUGGUCCUGGAACGCGGCAGGGAAAAAAGUGAGCCGUGCUUUCGGUUUCGGUUUGCUGGACGCCGAGAAGAUGGUGCGCUACGCUGAGAAAUGGCGAUCAGUACCAGCCUUUGAGUCCUGCGAGGUAACUCUGCGCAAUAUUAACAGAACCAUUCCUGGAACCGUGUCCCUAGAUCUUCCAAGCUGGAAAUGCGCUGUCAAUCACGUGGAGCACGUGCAGCUGUACGUGUUGACGAAAUUCACCAAGCGCGGCUUUGUCAAGGUCAACCUGCGUUCCCCGUCCCGCACGGAGUCCGUCAUGAUCCCCGGUAGACCCAAUGACCAGUGGUCAGCGUAUCUGGAGCUGACAGUGUCCAGCGUCCAGUUCUGGGGAGAGCAGGGCCGAGGCACGUGGCAGGUGGUCAUCGAUAGCCUGUACCCUAACCAAGGCCAUUCUGGUACCGUGUACGACGUGAAGCUGGUAGUUUACGGAACCCAACAGUCCCCGCCAAGUCAGACGCCAUCUUCUGUCAACAGCGGGUGCGCCAACCAGCAGCAAGUGACGCUACCACCAGUCACCAAAGCCACUGUAAAACCCACUCAACCCCCUGUCACCCAACGGCCAGUGACAUCCCCAUCCUGCUCGUGCAAGACACUGACCAACCCUUACUGGGGGUCGAAUCUCAAAGUUCAGCUCCAGCAGGGUAGCGAGAUCUACGAAAUCCAAUGCCCGCAGAACAUCGUGAGUUCGGAUAUGUCGAUUGACUGCCAGAUGAAGAAGAAAACGUACACAGUUCAGGGCAACUACUGCGGGUGCGACUUCAGCCGGUGGAGUUACAAUGGGGCUUCGUGGUGGGUCACCGUUGGCGGAGAGAAGUUCCUCAUUUCCUGCACGACAAGCUCACCUUGGGCAAUGGUCAGUUACCCCUGUCGGGGAAUCAGGAACAGUUCGCCGUUGAUUGGUUGAUUCUGUUAGUCUAGCGCGAUGUGAUUGGUAAAAAAAAACUUUUAACGCCGAGUUCAUUUUUGAUUGCAAUUUUGGACGCUGUGCCAAAAUAAAAAAAAAUCCUUUCUGAAAUUAAAGUAGCGCUAAGUAAUUGCACUGGAUUUUUUUGACUGAAUUCAUCCUUUUUAACUUUUUGUCUCAAUAAAAUCACAAAGAAAACGUU